CCUACAUCUGCCACGUCUGACGACUCGAUUCCUCGAAACACCGCUCGCGAAGCUUUGCAAGCAUUGGGACGGGGUCGACCUCAGGAAAAGCAGACUACCAAUCGAUCUGCUACAUUGCCCGUUCCCUUGGUACCUGCUCUCGCAACCGUCCCUGCGGCCCGAGCUGCGAGCGUCGCCUCUGCACCAGUACGCAAAACGGCCAUUGCGAUCAGACAGCCUCAUGGACCUCCCGGUGACGCCGAUAAGCUCAAGGAGGAUAAUUUCAAGGCGUUAGCACGUAGAAAGGCAGGGCUGGGAUUAGGAAUGCUCAACCGUCGUUCGGAACCUACUACUCCCAGCGUCGCUUGA